CACAUUAGAAUUGUAUCAGAUGAGAAGGGGGGGUCACCCUGGAAUCCCUCGAAGCGGCUCUCUAGGAAACAAAGACUGAUCCGCAGGUCGUUACAACCGGGGCUCGUGUUCAAUUCAUCGAUCCGCUUUUAUUUUAAAAGAAAAUAGCGCGACGGAGAAAAGUGAAGCCGAUUAUUUUCGGUAGGAAAUAUCAUCAACAAUAACAGCAAAAAAGGUCGAAAUUGUUUCGAUUUGUGUAUCGUCUUUGUUUUAAACGGGUUUUUUUUUGUCGUUGGCGCAAAAACAAGUCAAAGUAGACUGUUACUCUGUUUGACUCCAUUGAGCUAAUCGAUAUCUUAGCGGUCAACAGGUUAUGAAGUAAAAGUUUUUUUUAAUAUAAAUGGUAUUUCCUAAUAUCUCCAUAUAAUCUGCUGCGGUGGUUUGCGGGCUGCAUCCCGCAGCUCGUUGAGGCAUCCUUUUAUUCUCCUUGGAAGAACAAAAAAACAGAAAACACAGCGAGGGUAGAACUUUGCACGAGGGGGGAGAAGAGGAGGGGAGGUAAAAGGGGGGGAUUCUUGUUUCAUUUGCCUGAGAUUUUGCGCAUCGAACACAGUGGCAACGGGUCUGUGUGCUGGGAUAUAUGAGGAUCGCCACACAGUUGGUUUUCUCUCGCAGAAAUGCCAGUGCGCGCCGUGACCACCAGGUUCAUGUACAAGGGACUUUGCACAAUUCCAGAUGUCCUGUCCUACCGGACCCCCGUCAUCCUGCCCGAGGAUGAGGUGGAAGAGAUCCGUGAGGCUUUCAAAGUAUUUGACCGUGAUGGGAACGGCUUCAUCUCAAAGCAGGAACUGGGUAUGGCAAUGCGCUCAUUGGGCUACAUGCCCAACGAGGUGGAGCUAGAGGUCAUCAUCCAACGACUUGAUAUCGACGGUGACGGCCAAGUUGGCUUCGAUGAAUUCGUCACGUUGCUCGGACCUAAACUCUCUGCUGCUGGGAUGCCUGAUAAGUUCCACGGAGCGGACUUUGAUUCAGUGUUCUGGAAGUGUGACAUGCAGAAGCUGACGGUGGAUGAGCUCAAGAGACUCCUGUACGACACUUUCCGUGACCAUCUCACCAUGAAAGACAUCGAGAACAUCAUCAUGACGGAGGAGAACCACCUGAACAGUCCGGAGUCCCACGUGGACAUUGACACAAGCCCAACUCAACAGGAAAAACACACCUGUGUGCGUAAAAGCCUGAUUUGUGCCUUCGCCAUCGCAUUUAUCAUCAGCGUUAUGCUCAUCGCUGCAAAUCAAAUGCUGCGCAGAGGAAUGAAGUAAGUUCCGCACCAGCUGGUUACAAAGAGAUUCAAGAAGGGACAGUGGACAUUGAAACAUAAACCAAAAAAUACUGUGCUCGGUUCCGCUCAACUCCAUCACCCAGGAUGGUUCUUCACCGCUUCUCCCCAUAACGAACAAAAACGACGUCUCGCGGUGGCUUUGUGUGACCGUGGAGCAAAGCAUAAAAAAGGUAAAAAGAAAAACAUUUCAAGGGCUGAUUAGUGAUCAAAAGACGAAUACGUCGUUAGUAAAAAUGAUGCUGUUUUCUAAGAAAUGAGAUGGGAGAGCAGGAUAGAAGUCCGUGCUGUAGUAAGCUAAAAGCUGUGCUCUGUCUAAUAUAUCAAAACAUAUUACUGUCGUUGACUAGAAGAUGUCGUUUAGAAUUCACCCAAUAAUGAAAUAAAUGAAUGCAAUAUAAACACGUUGAUGGGCUACAUGUUAAGUAGCUUUAAAUGACUUAACUAUAAAUUACCAAUACCCUGGUUAGAUAACAAUAAAUGACCAUUUCCUCAGGAAAGUGUGUCUUAUAAGUCGACAUGAUGAAGAUGAAGAUGCUCCGCAGACUAAACAUCCUCUGGGAUCUGAACCUUCACAAGACAGGAGUCCCACUAAUUCUAAACACAAUCUGUUAAACGGGGUAUUUAAAGCUUUCUGCAACAUAUUAGCCGUGCUAACAGUGUAGUUUUAAAUAAAAGCAAUAUCAGGCAGUCAGUUCAUGACUUUGAUCCAGUCUAAAAUAUCUGAAAGAUUGCCCAAUUAAAAAGUCUUUGGUUUUACCUUUGAUUUUUCCUUUAGGGACACCUUGAUGUUGACGUCUUUGAUUUUGAGUAAAACAACGUGUUAUAUUUAUAGAAGAUCAUGUUAUAAUCCAACAAGUCCUGGUGACCCAUUAAUGCAGGGAACCAAGUCACAUCAUUCAAAAACAACACCAGCCGGUUGCUGAACGAUGGAAACGAGAUCCCACCGGUUGGAAGGAACGGUGAAAAAGCAAAAGGACCCACUGAAGGGUGAAAGAAGGAUGGAAAAGAAAGGGUUGAAUUACAAAAGGACACAACCUACAACCCUUAAGCGCAAUGUUGUGGAGAAAAGUCAAAUGGUCCCACGGAUUUGUAUUAAUUGUUUGUGCACAGAUUGAGCCUUGGAGAACCACCGUUUAUUCAUUUAACUGAAGUGAACGGUAAAGUCCAGAUAAAAUAAAGGAUUAGGAGUAAAAAUAAAUCCUGCAGAGGGGUAUUUAUUGAAAAAGACAAAUUAUGACCACACAGUGAGUAAAAUAUGUUUGAUACUCAGUGUGCCAGCGAUACUACUACUUACACUACAUCAAUAUUUAGAAUCUGUGAAUCUAGGAACCAAAGUGAGUCAAAAUAACGAGUCAAAUGGAAACAGGG